AUACAUACACAUACACAUGUGCAAGUAAUGUUUUUCUUGUGAGUGUGUGUGUGGGGGAAAAUUGUAAUAAAAUAUGAACGCAAGAAAAACGCUGGAAAUGGAAAACUAAAAGUAAAUUUCGAAACAUCAGCGCAGUGGCCGCGGCAGCGCAGAUAUGCAGCUGUAUGUGUGCGUGUGUGUGUAAAUUAUUAACAGUUAGGCUGCGCAAAUAAAAAGCAAGCGGAAAAGAAAAAGAAAUCAAGCAGCAGCAAAUAAAUAAAAGUGAACAACAACAUUCAAUGUGCCAUCAUUUUCAACAACAACUACUACUAUAAUUAAGCAAAAGGAGCAGCUUUAAACAAAAUAUAAUAAAUAAAUACAUACAUAUAUACACAUAUAUAUUUAUAAGCGUUAUUAUAUAUACAGUAUUAGCAGCAACAACUGAGAGAAGAAAAAAUAAUAUUAAAAAUGUCCUGCAUAUCGAGCAAUUUUAGCUCAUUCUUUCUCAACUCCUUGAACGAUCCUUCAGAGUUUUCCAAGUACUUGAGCAAUGGCGAGCUGAAAUGCUCGAAUUUCGAAGAAUUUCAAGUGUUUGCUCAGUCAACGCAACAGCAACAACAACAGCAGCAGCAACAACAACCACAGUCACAGUAUUCAUGCACAAAUGGCAUCGGCGUCGGAGGCGCAGAGCUCGGAUUUGAGACGGCAGCGACGUUGCAGUUGCAGCCGGCGCAGCGGGAAGCUGCGGAAACGCCGGCAGUGCUAAGCACACCGUUGCCCAACAACCGUUGGCCGACAGCGGUGGCAACGCCAAACGGACACGUGCCCGCCUCUGCCGCCGCCGCUGCCGCUGCUGCCAACGCUCAGCAUUUCGAUGGUUCCUUUGAGUUUAUCAAAUAUCUGCGUCACUCCACGGACUUUACGCCCAGUAGCGGCAGCAGCAGCGGUGUCAGUGGGAGCAAUAGCUCCGUCGGCGUCGGCGUCAACGUCAGCAGCGAUGCAGUUGACAGCGCAGCAUUGGCAGCACCGGCAGAGAAGAGCAGUAAAUUGAUUGGACCGGGCAGGAUUACAACACCGCCGCCAGGGGGCGCCACCGCCGGUGGUGCUGGUGGCAAUGGUGGCUGCAGUGUGGGUUUAUUGGAUCUGGACUCGGCAAACCCAUCGCAAAAAUCACGUUCGGCCUCACGUAAAGUUGCCGCGCUGCUGUCUUCCGUAUCGCGCUCUUCCAACAGCCUGGACGCCAGCACCUCCGCCCUGGACGCCGUCUUCGAUCACGAUUCGAAGCAAACAAUCUUUGAGCUGCAACAUUUGACGAGCACCUCGAACGGCUCGAAUGGCUCCAAUUCAAAUGAGUCGUCCUCGCUGGAGUUACUCGCCUUUCCCAGCUCCCAUCUGAAUGCUUCCAACUCGAAUACCUCCUCGGAGGAGCAUUGCGGCAGUGCAGCAGAAUUCGGUGCACUGUUGGGUGGAUCUGGAUGCUCGGCGGCCUCGGGCGCUGGUGGCGCGCCCAAGCUUUUGGGUAGCUUUGUGAUCAAGGAGAACUUCGAUGUACACCCCUCGCAUAAGGUGGAGGAGGGCAUCUUCCAGCACAUGAACAAGUUGCCGUCAAAGAAGAAGGAUACCCUCAAGCAGUUGGGCGUACGAUUCACGGGACAAAUGACAUUGACGGAUAAAUCGAUUGUGGUCGAAAAUUUCAUCAAAUUUUGCGAGGAAUACGAUAUUAAGGAUCAUCGACCCUGGUUGUCCUUAAAUCAGUGUGGCCUCAACAAACCUGAGCAAAUCAAAUUCGCACGCUAUUUGGGCCAAGGGUUGCCAACGUUUACGCUCUUCUGCAUUUAUAGCAAUUUUAAAAAUCUAUUUUGCACCAAACGCACAGAAAUCUAUACCAAGGAUGGCUACAAUCUGCCUUAUAUACUCGAUAAGACCAAGCGCUUCCUGGCCAACACAACAGCUGACCUCAAGAAUAUGGCGGCCGCCAAUGACGGCACGCUCGAGUUUGCCAGCAAUAGCAGCACCAGCAGCACCAAUAGCACCAGCAACCACAACAACAACAACAACGGCAGCAGCAGCAGUCUUAACAGCAGUAGCAGCAGCACCAGUAACAGCAGCAACACUGUUAACAACUAUGUAACAGCAGCAGCAGCAGCCGCGGCUUCUUCUCAAUCCCUGGACACUCGCUAUGGCUGUGUGGCGCCGGCGUCGAUGUCCCUGUUACCGCCACCGUCGCUGCCGCCACUAGGACCGCCGCCACGUGCGCUGGAACAGCUGAUCAUCUAUGAGAAUUUCAAUGUGCAUGAGACGCAUCGCAUCGAAGAUGGCGUCUGCACUCACAUCAGCCGCCUGCCGCCCAAGAAGCAGGAGCUAUUGAAACAGUUCGGUAUACAGAGUAGUAGCCAGCAAUGUCUGAGCAAUUAUGAAAAGUGCAUACUCAUCGAGAAUUUCAUCAAGUUCUGCAAUGAAUAUCAGAUAUCCGAUCAUCGACCCUUUUUGGACUUCCACGAGAGCGCUUUAUCCAAAUGUGAACAACUUAAAUUUGUACGAUAUCUGGGCCAGGGGCUAUCCAAUCUGACGCUAAACAAGAUAUAUGUGGCAUUUAAGGAGUUGCUGGGGAAUGGCCGACCGGACAAAGCCGGAUCGGAUAGCUACAAUUUGGAUGCACUUUUAAAAAAGAAACGCAAGAACCUUUAUAAUCGUCUUCAUGCGGCUGGUAAACCAUCAACAAGUGUCGAUCUAACAACGUUCGAUUCUACUUCCCAAGUAUCUCAGCCAAUUGGAACAGCACCGCAGCAUUCUUUGAUUACGCAAGCGCCGCGCCCACAACACGCCUUUGCUGCGUUGACUGCAGCCACACCACAGCAGAGCGAAUCGCCAUACAGUUAUGUGCCACGGUAAAAGCAAUCCUUAGCGUUGCACAGCAACAACAAUAAUAAUAAUAACAGCAGCAACAUCAAGAAAUACACCUACACACGCAUACAUAUUACAUAUACUUCCUGGAACUGGACCAGUAACUGUUGUGUCUUCAAAACGAAAAAUAAAAACAAAAACAAACAAAAUUAUACGCAAAAUGAGGAAAAUUGUUAAGCGAAAUGAUGCUAAGUAAUUAAAGUCAAAACUAAGUGCUAAAUUAUAAAGAAAAUAUGAGUAACAUAGAGAAAAAGUUAGUGUAACAAAUUGAAAUUAACAUAAAGGUAAUUAGAAUGCAAUUCCAAUUAGUAAGCCACAUAGGAAAUCCAAUAGGAAGCAGUUCAUAUGGCAACACUUGGCCUAUCUAUAGAGGUAUAUAUAUUUGUAGAUCGUGCUUCGGUUUCCGAAAAAAAUAAUUUUCCUUUCGUUUUCCAAAAGUUAAACAAGCAUAAUAUAAAUAUUUAUAUAUAUACAUACAUAUAUCCAUAUACAGUGUAGAGAGUUAAGAUAGAUUAUAAGUGCAACACCAAAAUUCAAAAAUAAAUCAAAGACCUCCCAAGAAAGUUCCCUAAUAUGCAUAUACACAUCAACUAUAGCAUAUAGAGUAUAAGUUGAGUGAACAAACAUUUAUAAUACAUAAUAAAUACACAUACACACAUACAAAUAAGCACAACACUGAAAGUAACAGUAGAGCAAAAACAUAGAAGAUUAACAAAAACAAUUAUUCCUAUAUACAAUACUUAUAUACAACAAACAAUAUAGAUACAUAAUAAUAAUAAUAUAAACGGAAACGCAAGAAUCAAAUACCAAGCAUAGCAAUUGUAAAUUCAAUAUACAUACGUGAAUAUAUAUAUACACACACAUAUAUAUAUAUAUAUAUAUAUAU